GGGGGGGGCGGCGGGUGAUCCCCGGGCCCCGGGGAUCCGGCUCCCCUCUUGGAGCCCCGCCGCCGCCAGCGCCUUGAGGAUGCAACUCACGUAACGUUUGCAGGAAGUUUCUCCGCUUGUUCGGCUGGAGCCGGAGGGACAGCCGGCGCGGAGCCCGGCCCAAUGAGCCCAGGGGUCCGGCCCGGCCGCCCGCUCUCCGCCGGGGACCGACAGCUCUGACCGUCACCUGCUGACCGGAGGUCCGGGGGACCGGGGGCCGAGCCGCGGGGCCGCCCGCUCCCACCUUUCGCAGCGCGGCGGAGGAAACCCGCGGGGGAUGGGCCUCGCCCCCAAUGGCACCAGGACCGGGGGCGGCGGCGGCGGCGGGAGUCCAGCAAGGUCUCGAGGAUGUGACGGCGAGCAAUGAGCGGCGUCUCCUGCGGCAGCGGGGCAGGCAGCAUGAGCAGUGGCCCAGUGUCCGCCUUUUCCUUGACGCUGGAGCAGAAGACGGGGUUUGCCUUUGUGGGAAUCCUGUGCGUUUUCCUUGGGCUCCUCAUUGUGCGCUGCUUCAGAAUCCUACUGGACCCCUACAGCAGCAUGCCCUCGUCCACCUGGGAGGACCGGAUGGAGGAGUUCGACAAGGGCACGUUUGAGUACGCCCUGGCGUGACGGCUCCCGUCCCCCAUCAUAGUUCCCUGCUCCUCACUGGCCUCGACCCUGUCCCCCACUCUGGCCUCCAACCCGGCUCCCAGUCUCAGUCCCAAAUUGUGACCUCACCCCCCAAAACCCCGACCCCUAGGCCUCGGCCCUGUCCCCAGCCGCCUUCAUCCCAGGCCUCUGACCCCAGGCCCAGCCCAAGACCUGACCCCCAGUCUCACCCCUACUUCUGAUCUCUGUCUCCCAUCACAACCCCUGCCCCAGGUCCUAAAUCCCCCAGCUCGAUCUAAGCUCCACCUUCAGCCCCCAUCCCAGCGCAGACCCUGCCUUGCACAUCCCAGAGCUGAGAAGGCCACAGGCCCUGCUGCCAGUUCAAUAAAGACCUGCGCUUGGUA